AUGGACGGACUCCGGUUUCUGGUGUUGUCGGCGCUAGUUCUCUCAGCCUCUGUUUGUCACGGAGCAAGUCUCAAUACGAACGAAACGGAAGCCCAGCAAUUUCUGGACGACUAUAAUGCUGCUGCAAUAGAUGAUUACUAUAUAUCGUCCGAGGCCUCAUGGGCCUUGGACACCAACAUUACAGAAUACAACACGCAAAAAAUGCUUACAAAUGUCAGUGCACAGCUGGAGUCCAUCUACGCGAAAGCCAAAGUGUGUCUGUCGAGUGACAAUUGCGUGUCUUUGGAGCCAGACCUGACCCGCAUAAUGGCAAAGUCCAGGAACUACACGGAGCUGACCACAGUGUGGAAGAAAUGGCGAGACGUCUCGGGAAAAGUGAUGCCGCAACUCUAUUCUGAAUACGUCGAUUUGAACAAUGAUGCCGUCAAACUUCUUGGUAACAUGUGGGCACAGGAGUGGAAUGAAAGGAUCGACAUCUUGAAGCCGUUCAAAGACAAGGAUUCUAUGGACGUCACUGAAGAGCUGAAACGUCAGUGUUUCCCAUUUUGGUAUAGUAAUCUAUGUUUAAUUUUUAUUUUCAGGAUCAAAAUGUGCACAGACGUAACACACGAGGACUUAAUGACUAUCCACCAUGAGAUGGGUCACAUCCAAUACUAUCUGCAAUAUCAAAACCAAUCCGUUCUUUUUAGGACAGGGGCAAAUCCAGGCUUCCACGAGGCUGUUGGCGAUGUGAUGGCGCUGUCCGUAGGAACACCGGAGCAUCUACGAACGAUCGGGCUCUACAAGAACCAAGACAACGACGAAGAGACGGAUUUGAACUUUCUAUUGAACAUGGCACUGCAGAAAGUUGCUUUCUUGCCAUUUGGGUAUUUGAUUGACCAGUGGCGGUGGAGCGUGUUCAGGGGGGAUACGACCCCGGAGAGCUACAACGAGGACUGGUGGAGUCUCAGGUGCAAGUACCAGGGCGUGUCGCCGCCAGUUCGUAGACAGGACACAGAUUUUGACCCAGGUGCCAAGUAUCACGUGGCCAGUGGUACCCCCUACAUCAGGUAA